AUGAAGAAGAGCCCAGCCGCUGCGAUGUUUGACGAAGCAGAGCAAAAACAUUCAAACGGGGACACCGCAAGAAGUGAAGAUACGCAAAAUGAUGAGACUCAAAAAGAAACAAAGGCUGACCAGAAACUACAAAUGGACCAAGAUGACACGGGGGCAAAGGGUAUGGACGUUGCAAGUGGGACGGACACCGAAGACGGCGACCAGGUCGAAAGAACACUCAAGGUCAAGAUUGGUCUUGUUCCGAGCGGAAUAAAUGCAAAUGUUGAACCCCCGCUGACUGGUACAACUGGGCAGAAUGCGAAAGCACAACAAGGCGGAGAGCAGCUGCGCUUUGCUUCCUUGGAAACACGUCAGAGAGCUCAUUUCUUGGCAACAUCGGGGGCGGGUCCACGACUGUUUCUUCCGAGCGUGCAUGUAUCUGUGCAAAAGCAAGAGACUCUUGAAAUAAAGAGCCGCGUUCUUGGUCGUCAUCAUCAAUACAUCAGAUUUAUUUUUUUACAACAAGUUGUAGAUCAACAGGAAGAUGAGCAUCAACAUCAAGCACAAGCAGAGGAAACCGAAGAAAAAAAUCCGGGCGAAAGUGAAGUCGGACCGCCGUCCUCGACCAAUGAAGGAACUUCCACUGGGCACGAUGAAGGGGUAGAUGCCAAAAAGAAAAAACAACUUGCGUCGGUUGCGAUUGCCCUGUACGUGACUUUUGGAGAAAACCAAAACGGGCUCCAGUGCGACUUGGCCACCCUUGUUGACGAAGGAAGCGAGAGCUCUUCUUCGAAUUCUGUGUCGUACUCGUUAAAGCGCCCUGGUGAGUUGUACAAAAAUUUGAUUCCUCAUUUCUGUGGCAAAGAUGAAGAAGACACCAAGGCGGGCAGCGACGAAGACUUGCGCGGCAACGACGUGAAAGCAGAAGAUCAAGAUGAACAAUCGACGGUCAACGACAGCGAAAAGCCGAACGGCAAACGACCCGAGCGUCAGAACUCUAAUUUUGACCCGCAUGGCCGGAUUGUGUUGCGCGGUGGCCAGAAUCCUGUUGAAUUGAGUACAAUCGUCGAGGCACCGUUUGUGCAGGGAAUCGAGUUCGACGAUGUUAUGACGGUACUGGUUGCAGCACGCUACUUCGUGUUCAAAGACAAAGCUGAGUAUACUCGAUUUGGUACAGCCUUGUUGAGAAAGGUGCUCAAGUCGCAAAGCCUGGCCCUGUUCAUGUUCAACAUGUUUUCUGAUGGUGACUGUAGUGCACGCGGCCCGUCUACUAGCUCGCUCACACCGCGGGCGCCCGCAAGCGGGGGCUCAGAAUCGUCAGUGUACGUCUUUGACAGUCGAGCACUUCCAGUGCAAGGAUUUCCAGAGCGCUUCUGGUGGUCCUGGUCCUAUUCCGUUCUUGCAAUUCGGCCUUUUUACAAUGUCGGACGAUGCAGGUGGGUAGAGGGCCUUGACUAUAUCAAAGUGAAAUACAACUACAUGAGAUGAGCUCGCGCAGCUCGUUUUUGUGCUUGAUUUCUUGUCUGUUUUUGUUUAACGGGUCGCACGCGCGGUUCAAAUGCUAUACAUUUGAAGAACCGCCGAUGAAAACAAAGAGAGGAGGAGGAGUCAGAUUGUGUUUGGUUUGAGGCAUCAUGCAAUCAGUGCCCAUGCGCAUUCCAAUUCCUGCGAUAAUUUUCGUAGCUGUAGGUAAAUGAAAGAACAAAUAAUGCAAGAUGUUGAAAACUACCUGUUGAGGCGACGGCCUUGGUUUUGUAGAAGCAGCAGCUACAAGAUGUCAGCGUGUCCGAUAAAAAGGCAGCGGCUUCUACUUCGCAGAGCGUUUCACUUUCAUUUUCAUAAGUUUUUCGAGCCUGUUUCGCCAAGAAGAAAAUCCUUCUACAGUGGCUCUUCCUGCCGUCGAACUGCUGUCCUCGUCGUCCGGAAUCGUGCCUUCAGAUGCGACCAAGAACAACGAUGAAGAUUGGUUUCUAACGGAGCCGGGUUCUGGUGGAGGAGUGCCACCGACAGGGUUUCCAGCUCAAAAUGAGAAGCGUCUCUGGGCACCUUUUUGCGUGGAGCAGGACGAAGCCCCCGUCGACGGUGUUGGGAUUAGAAGUGAAGAGAAAAGACUCGUCACACUGUAUUUUCUUGUCCGGAUAGAGUCUGAUGCAAUUCCAGGCCUCGACGAGGAGGGGGAUCAUGGGGACACUUCUGCUUCACAACAAGAAGCAUCCAAAACACCCAACCGGGACAGGAACGAGCAGACGGUCUCGAUCAGCUGGAGGCGACCAAGAUUUCGAACUCAGCUGGAGGCGACCAAGGAGCAAAACCCAGAUGAACCGUUCGAACUCAGCGAGUUCCUAAUGUGCACCGAGCUGAAUGAGGCGGAAUUGGACCAGAGGCAGGUCGAACGUAGGCUGGUGUUGGAAGCCGAGGAAAAGCCAGACACAGUGGUUGGUGGGUGUAAACGUGGUGCACCCGCGCCUGAAGGACAAGGAUUCCAUUCUCUAGCUGCAAACCAAGUGGCGAACUGUAGCCCGCGCGUCAGAUCGUCAGAUACUAGCACGAGUAGCGGCUCCGAGUCGCAUUCGCCUACCAGCUCCACUGCCAAGCCCGCGCGUGGCCUACAACUGCCGGACGAGGCGCUUGCCGGGCGGUAUGAAGGAGUUGUGCGUCACGAGAACGGUGGGAACACUCCGGGCGCUAGCGGCACUCCGACAGCCAUGCUUAAUGGAGCGACAGGCGCACAGCGGGACGCGAAAGAAAUCCAAUUUCAAGAGCAGUACGGCCCCGAAGCUCUCGGCGGGCUUAGAACGGUAAGACAACUGGAGACACCGUGGCAAGACCCCAGCCAGGUGAGUCGUCUGAAGGCGGGGAAAAUAGAUCCCGAAAGGGGCUAAUUGUGUGCAAUACCAGCACGGCGAUAACAAUGUUGGAAAUGACAGCCGGGAUCGGGAAGAAACAGGAGGGGCGGACGCGACAGUGCCGUGGAGUUGUGGCACUAACUUGUUCAUCAGCACCACUGCGGAGUUUUUGGCGCGGCCGUGCGGAGGUUCCGGCGAGGUGAUUGCUCUAGCCGGAAGGAAAAGUAUUUAGUUCAAACAAUUUAGCUUAUGCGGUCAACAGGCUCGAAGAUUCGUCUUCGGAAGUCAAAUUCAGCACGCCUUCCAUUAAGUCCGCUAGGGUCUGGUCUGCUAAUCCAAGCGGUAGCAUUCAUUCCGUGCUUGGCCCCUAAACGAGUUUUCUUGCAUCCUGGCGGCUAGCCGUCUAAUAGAUAGCCCCGAUUACUAGGUGGCGCCGCUUGUGGUUGUCACGAGGUGGCUCGCACCUCCCUUGAGUGAGAGAGGGCUCGUUACCGGGUUGCAGUGCCUUUCGUCUGGCCUGGGCUCCCGGUGUUGCAUUCACCGUUGGAGCUAUAAGAAUUAAGAGCAUAAGCCUAGCUGCACUGGCAGCCGACCUUACGCGCACCAUUAGAAGUGCGGCACCGGCCGGCCUUUGUGGUGUCCCACCAUCAGAAGUGCGAACUACGAGGGCCGGGGCGUGCCACCUAAAGUUCUAAAAAGUCUCCUCGCCCAAUGAGUGAGUGAGUCAAUGGGUGAGAAAAUGAUAUAAGAAAACUCGAAAAAAGGAAGACGAAGAGCGUUCAGAUGGCCUUUCUGAUCUGGGUGAUGCUGUACCUCUUGAAGAAGCAAAUGCAAAACAUAAGAAGAAACAAAAAAUAUGAAUAACGAAAAGCAGCCUCUACACUAUUUAACUACCAUUAGAUUAAGUAUUUUUUUUUUUUACAACCUGAACUUGAACGUCAACGUUUUGAACAACAUACGGAAAGAGAAAUCAAAUGAAUUACAGGAAGUGUUUGGGUGAUUCAGAUUAUGUCGUUGUAACGGUAUCAAUACAAAAAUUAAUAAUUACAGGCAGAUGAAGGUGACAUAGGAAUGACUGCAAGAAGAUACUAGAGAAGAAGUGCAGACCUAAGGGAAAAGACCGUGAUCAAGAAAGAUAUUGGCAGAAACCUACGGCGCCACCAUCUCCUUUAGAGAGG